GUCGGGAGUGCGCAGCCGCCUGGUGACGCUCGCGAUGUCCCCUGGGUGGGGCGGGUAGGUAGGUGGGGUGGGGUGAUGCUGGGUGUGCGGGCGCGGCCGGCCUCCCGCGGCUUGAGGGGAGGGUCAGUGAAAUUGGCUCCGGCGCGGGCGUCCUUCCACCCUCCCCUUCCUUCGGGGGAGUCGGUUUACCCGCCGCCUGCUUGCUUUCGACACUUGAUUGGCUGCCGAUGCUGUGGGAGCGGGCCUUUGCUACUGGCUCGAGUCUCACAUGAGCGAAACCACUGCGCGGGGCGCAGGGGUGGCGGGGAGGCGGGCGUUGGUACGGUCCUCCCCGAGGCCCAGCGCCGCAGUGUCUGGCCCCGCGCCCCUGCGCAACGUGGCAGGAAGCGCGCGCUGGAAACGGGGGCGGGCUGCCGGCCGAGACUUCUGGAUUGCGACGGUGGCGGCUCCGCCCCGGGUUCCCACCGCCUGAAGGGCAAGACAAGCCCGAUAUGCUACAGGCACUCGUGGGGGUUGGGGAGGAGCAGGGGUCGGUCCGGCUGGUUUGUGGGUGGGAGGCGCGUGUUCUCCAAAAACCGGCGCGAGCUGCAAUCCUGAGGGAGCUGCGGUGGAGGAGGCGGAGAAAAGGCCGCACCCUUCUGGGCAGGGGGAGGGGAGUGCCGCAAUACCUUUAUGGGAGUUCUGUGCUGCUUCCCGUCUUGUAAGGACCGCCCUGGGCCUGGAAGAAGCCCUCCCUCCUCUCUCCGCCCGCGUGAUCUCGUCAUCGCCUCCAUGUUGAGUCGCUUCUGGAUUAUGGGCGGGAUUCUUUUGCCUAGGCUUAAGGGGCUAACUUGGUACCUGGGCGUUGCCCUGGAGGGGAGUGAGCAGGUGUAAGAUUUGAGGGGCGAGUCCGAUUAGUUAUCUUCCCACGGACUUGAGUUGGUGUCGAGGUUAUUGUAAUGAGGGUGGGGUAGGGAAAUAGAGCCUAGUCAUUCACCUGGGGCUGAUUUUAUGCAACUAGAGUGCAGAUUAUCACUACUUACCAUUUUUGGAGUGUUUUUCUAGAGAUAGACGUAGAUUAAAGCAUGAUCACCUAAGUUUUAUGCCUUUUAAGACCCUUGCUGCACCCCCAAAGUGUAGCAUCAGAUUAAAUCUUAAUAGAAAAAUUUUAGCCUUUGCUUGAGAAACCAGUGCUUCCCUCCCUCCACCUCCCCCCAGGCUCUCUCCCCCUUUGCAUCCGUACCAGGCAUCUUAGCACCUCUCACUCAUACUUGAUCCCAUUUUCCAUUUGUUGUACUUGCUCAUCCAGUAUUCAGACAUAGCACUAGCUUUCUCCCUCUCUUGAUCUUGGGUAGCCGGGUGACUCACGAAACCAGACAGAUUGGUUCCACCACAAAUUAAGGCUUGAGCUGGGGCCUUACUCUUACCCAGCAGUGCUUUUAUUCCUCCCUAGUUCUCGUUCUUUAAGUGUUUACCUGGAUUUUCAUUUUAUCCUUUUUCCUUAGCUGGGAUUCUAUCCCUGACCCUCUUCACAGUCCAGGUGAUCUUGACUACUGCUUUACAGAGAAUUGGACCUGAGGUUAGGCAACAUCUCCCUUUCUCUUCCUCUAAAUACCUUUCGAGGCAUCCCUUUAUUUCUGUUCUCAACAGUUAGUAACUGAGCUCAGAUGCCUGUGUGACAGCUUCCAAAUUGCUGUCUCUGUGUUUAGUGUUAUAUUCUGAUCCAUCUUACAUCUUGUUAGAAUGAUUGUCCUAAAGGAAGAUAGAACGUGAAAAUGACAGAUGAAACUCCAUUACUGGCUUGUACUGUUUACAGCAAGUUGUCUAACCCGCGGGGUGCAUGGGACCCAGGACAGCUUUGAAUGCAGCCCAAGACAAAUUUGUAAACUUUCUUAAAAUGUUAGAUUUGUUUGCGGGGUGUUUUUGUUUUUUGGUGGUGGUGGUGUUUUUUUGUUUCUUUUUUUCUCAUCAGCUAUCCUGUAUGUGUGGCCCAGGGAAGCCAAAAGAUUGGACACCCCUGGUUUACAGGAUGAAUUGUGUCCUCGUGAAUGUGAUGCAUAAGGUCCCCGGAUAGACUUACCUCAAUUUAACAGCUUUUUCAUUUUUCACUAUUUUCCACAUAUUACACGCACAAACAUGACCUCUCUCCUGAAGUCACAUGGAAUGAAUUGCAGUUACCCAAAUCAUAGACAUUGUCAUGUAUCUUUGUGAAGUGGUUCUUUCUGGAAUGCUACCCUUGCUGCUUUUAGUCCUGCAGAUUCAAAUGUCAUCUCCCCUUUGGUCAUGCCUUCCAUGGUCUGUUGUUCUAUGAGCCAAACUCCCCUAUUGAAAAAGGAGUUUUCUCCUGAGCAGUUUGUACUGCGUGGCUCAUAGUACUUCUCGGGUUGUUGUCAUUGCUGAUUUAAACUAUCUUAACUAUUCUGAGCUUUUUGAAGGAACAGUGUCUUGUGUCUUGUACUCCUGAGCUCCUAGUAUACUCUGAUGUCUAGCGAACCCUAAGUAAGUGGACUGAAGCGACAUGUAAAUGUCUUUAUGGUUUGACAUUUUAUUCAUCUUGAGCAUUGGAAAAGUGGCUGGCAUGACUGAAGAACUGAAUUUUAUCUAAUUUAAAUUGCAACUGUGGACAGUGUAGCUGUAGCCCCAGACUUAUUCUGUGGAUUACAGAAUACAUGGACAUUGAUUGUUUCUUUGUAUUGAGCAAUAAGGAAAUAAAAGCUGAAGCUCUCUGGCCCAUUAAAUUUUAUUUAACUGCUUGUUUUAUUUUUUUAUAUAUUUAGCUGAAAGCUAAGUCCAACAAACCAUUUUUAAAGAUGUGCCUGCCUUGGACAACAGUGAAAGCAAGUGUUAAUGAGUUUGGAUUUAAAAAAAAAUGUAUAAUGAAUUUUAGGGAGGUGAGAUUCCAUUAAACUGUUACAGGAGCUACAUAGUUAAAUAUAUCAGAACUUAAAUGAAGAAUAGGUCUGUAUGAUAUAAAUGGCACCCAGCCUAAAUUUCUGUCCUACAAGUUUUUACUUCUUGGAAACACUUGAUUGGAGGAGCUCUAAGCAUCAUAUCUUGAGUUACAGAAAACAAUCACAAAGUAAGUUUUAUCUGAGGAAUUAUAAUACCAACAUUUUAACACCAAAUGCUUUUUAUAUGCUAAUAUAGUAUCUUAUACAUUUUAAUUAUCUUUUUUUUUUUUGAGAUGGAGUCUUAGUGCCACCCAGUCUGGAUUGCAGUGGUGUAAUCAUGGUUUACGCAGCCUUAACUUCCUGGGCUCAAGUGAUCCUCCUGCCUCAGCCGC